UUCGUUCGUAUAAAGUGGAACCUUGAAGUCGCUCGCGCAGUAUCCACAGUCACUUUCGAGCGAGGACGUACCUGAACAAUUUUCUAAUCACUUUUCAUGUGUUUUUUUUUUGUAAAAUGAUCCGUUUCUUGGUUUUUCUUGUUCUUGUGAGCUUCGGAGGUGUGCUGAGUGAGAAGGACAUAGGCCGCCGUCGUGUCGUCCCUGUCAUACACGUGGUGGGCUCGCACUACGAUGUGGGAUUCGAUGUGGGCCGCAACUUCGAGGGCGUCAUCAAGGAGUUCCUGGCCACCUUCGCCAGUCUCCGGGACUUCGAGAAGCAGUACAAGACAGAGGCGGGUCGGGAGGCCUAUGAGAAGACCCUCAGCAACAUGCUGGAGAGGUACCCUUACUAUGUGAAGGAGGUCCAGGGUAUAGCUGAUGGGGCUAAGGUGCCGUUUCAUCAGCUGUUCCUGCUGCACAUGGACGACAUCAUCGACACCGUCAACGACAACCAGAUCGUGCGCAAUGACACCGGCGGCUGCUCGUCCGUCGCCAUCAACACCCCACAAGCGAAUGUUCUCGGCCACACCGAGGACGCUCUCUCGGAGACUCUGAACCACUUCUACAUCCUGUCCGCCCACAUCAUCCCCACCCUCGAAGAUCAACAAAAGGGGGCGGUAGAGGAGCGUUUCGCUUCGCUCUGCUACGCCGGUCAGCUGCCAGGCUACACCAGUGGGUUCAACGAGCAUGGUAUGGUCUUCUCCAUCAACACCCUGAGCCCUAAAGCCUUGAAGCCUGGCGGUACACCCCGAACCUUCAUAACCAGAGCCAUGCUGGCAGCCAAGAGUGUAGAAGAAGUAGAGCGGGUUUUGACCGACAAAGGUCUUGGUAUCGGCAACGGGUUUUCCCUCAACCUGUUCUGGACUAACCCCACCGGCCCUCGGCAACUCUUCAACAUCGAAGUAGCCCCAGAGCUGAAGGCUGAUCGCUCCCAGAUCAAUAUACAGAAGUACGAGAUGAACGGUGAUGCUUUGGUGCAUUGCAACAAAUACCAGCGUCUGAACCUCACAGAAGUCCGAGGGCCGAUCAUCGAUAGCAGCGUGGCUCGUCUGUCCAUGAUCCACGGCCACGCCAAACCCACCUCCAAGGGGGAUGUAGAGAACAUCAUAUCUGACAUCAGCGGGAAAGAAUUCCGUGUGUUCGAGGAUCGGAAGACUGCGCAGGUCAAGACUAUAUGUGCAGGAAUUUUCGACCUGGACCAAAGAUCGUGGAGCCUCUACAUCAACCAGCCCAACUCAUCUGAGCCCGUCGCCACUAUUCCGAUCGUGUUUACAUUUUAACUAUUAACUAUAAAUAUUAAUUAAAUAAAUUAUUAUAAUAAUA